AUGUUCGUGAAUCUCCUUACCCAAUUAUCAAAUGCAAUCUUUCCGCAGGUUGACGCUUCGCAAAGAAUGACGAGUCGUGCUGUUGCUGUGCUUCGUGGCGAGAAUGUCAAUGGAACGAUUUGGCUCAGCCAGAAAUCGGAGACGGAUCCCGUCCAUCUUACCGGCGAGAUUUCGGGUCUGAGUCCCGGCCUUCACGGUUUCCAUGUUCACCAAUAUGGCGACUCCACCAAUGGAUGCGUAUCCGCCGGACCGCACUUCAAUCCACAUGGAAAGACGCAUGGUGGUCCGACGAGCGAGAUUCGUCACGCUGGCGAUCUUGGCAACGUCGAGGCUGGCGCAGAUGGCGUCGCCAAAAUUGAUAUUGUUGACAGCCAAAUCUCACUAACCGGUCUUACUUCAGUUAUUGGUCGCUCCAUUGUAGUCCACGCUGGUCAAGACGACUUGGGCCAAGGUGUUGGCGACAAAGCCGAAGAGUCGAAGAAGACUGGCAACGCUGGAGCUCGCGCGGCUUGCGGCGUCGUCGCCCUCGCCGCGCCAUUGGCGAACAUCUAG